UUCAUAGUUUCACUGUUCAUACUUGAAAGUUUAUAAAUUCAAGAUUGAGAAUAACUCUUAAGACGUAUUAUGUGUUAAGCACAGUUUUCUAUACAAAUUACAAGUUAUAUAAUGUUUAUAAGCAGUUAUAAUUUGUUGUUAUGUUGUAUAUUAAUGUAAUAUGAAAUUAACAUUAAUUCGUUAAUGCAUUAUGGAGUCCUCAAUACCUAACAGUAGUUCGAGUUCAUUUAAAUGUGUUACUUUAAAUUAUGAAAUGGAUAGUUCCAAUGAAGAUAUUGAUCAACAAAUUCUACGAGAAGCUGGAGAACAAACUAUUAGUGCAGAAUGGUCGGCUACAGUAUCUGCAUUAAGUUCAUCAGACACAACUUCAAGUAAUACCUAUAUUAAUAUUGAGACAUUAAAAGAGUGUUGUGCUAAUCCUUCUGAUACUCUUAAAGAUAAAGAAGAUUUUAUGGUUUUUGAAUCUUCUUCUACUGCUAUAAAUACAUCAAAGUUCAAUGCCAAUGACACAAAAUGUCAUUCAGAAUGUAAAACCACAGCAUUUCAAAAAAAACACAAACCAAUUUCUCAAAAUUUUAGUCGUGUGUUUGAGAAUGUUUUAAAUGACGAUAGUCAGAUGGAGAUAACUCAGAAUAGUAUUUGUUUAAAUCGCUUUCAAAAGCGUAAGAGAUUGAUACCUCCUAAUGAUGAAGAUUUUAUUGAAAUUAAUAAUUCUAAUUACAGUGGAUUUGAUAAUGUGGAAAUUAGUAUGAUGAAAUCUCCAAAAUUUUGUUUUUCCAAAAAAAAAAAGGACCAUAUUGAUAUACCAGAUUAUAAUUUAUCUGCCACAGAGAGUGUUUCAAUUGCUGAUGAUACUUAUAUAUCUAAAAUAAAAGAAAAUAUCACAAAUUCGCCUCUUGUUGUAGAUGAUAGUUCCAUCAAUAUCAUGGAUGAAUCCAAAGCAGAAGUCCUUACACAAAAAUUUAGCCGCAAAACUAUUAAUGUACCUGAUACUGCAUUUGAUAAUAUUAUUAAUGAUUCAAGCAUGACAUCCGAUAUUGCACUCAAUAACAAAAGGACAUCCUUGAAUGAAAUCUCAGUGUCAAAUGUUAAUAAUACUCCAUUGUUUAGUAAAACAAGUCUGUCAAAUUUAAAUCAUACUUAUGAUGUAUCUAUUAAUACUAAUUAUACUACAGUUGAAAAUUCAAUUUCUGGUGAUGUUAAUAUACCUAGAGUAAAACAAAAUAUUGUUUUUAAAAAACCAUCAAAUUCAUCUGUUUUUGUAAAUGACAACUCCAACAAUAUGGAUGUAUCCAACAUGGAAGUUUUUGCACACAAGUUCAACAGAAAAACAAUUGAUAUAACUAAUUCUGCAUUUGAUAAUAUUAUUAAUGACUCAAGCAUGACAUCUGAUAUUGCACUCAAUAACAAAAAGACAUCCUUGAAUGAGAUCUCAAUGUCAAAUGUUAAUAAUACUCCAAUGUUUAGUAAAACGAGUCUGUUAAAUUUAAAUCAUACUUAUGAUGUACAUAUUAAUACUGAUUCUACUACAUUCAAAGAUUCAAUUUCUGAUGAUGCUGAUAUACCUAGAGUAAAACAAAAUAUUGUUUUUAAAAAACCAUCAAAUACAUCUAUUCUUUUAAAUGACAGUUCCAAUAGUAUUGAUGUAUCUAACACUGAAGUUUUUACACACAAAUUCAACCGAAAAACAAUUGAUGUAGCUGACUCAGUAUUUGACAAUAUUAUUAAUGAUUCAAGUAUUAUAACAGACAAUACACUAAAUAACAAAGAUACAUCCUCAAAUGAGACAUUAGUGUGUAAUGUUCAUGAUACUCCAGGGUUCAGUAAAAUAGACAUAUCUAAUUUAAACCAUACCUAUGAUAUACCAACAAAUAUCAAUACUUCUAAAAUUGAUAUUUAUAUUACUGGUAAUAAUAACAUAACUAAAGAAAAACAAAAUGCUGAACUUAAAAAAUCUUCAAAACCAUCUUUUGUUGUUAAUAAUUGCUCAAAUAGUGUCAUGGAUAUAUCCAAUACAGAAGUUUUUACUCACAAGUUCAGCCGAAAAAUAAUUGAUGUCACUAAUUCUGUAUUUGACAAUAUUAUUAAUGAUUCAAGCAUUAUUUCUGAUGUUACACUCAAUAACAAAAAAGUGUCCUUAAUUCAGACGUCAGUGUCAAAUGUAAAUAACACUCCAGUUUUUAAUACAAUGGACAUUUCUAAUUUAAAUCAUACCUAUGAUAUACCUAUAAUUAACAAUACUACUCUUUUGGAUAAUGUUGUUGAAAAUGAUAAAAGUAUGUCUGAAACUCCCAUUUCACUUAAAUACAAUACACCCAAAAGCCUUAAUCUAUUACCAUUAAAAUUUAAUUUUAGUAAUAAAAUUGGUCGUCAUAGUCUUAGUUAUCAAGAAAAAUGUACAAGCUUUGAUGGAGUAAAAAAACACAACAUUUCAUUAAAUACUGAUUUUAUUGAAUACACUGGAAAUAAAUCCAAUACUUUUAAUAAAUCAGGUGGUAAUAAUAAUGUGAACAUAGAUACACAUUUUCAUACUUCUAAAAUUCUAGAAACCAACAAAAGUUCUCAGGAAAAACGACCACUUGACGAUUCAUUAUUAACUAAUAAAUUAAAUCAAGAACCACUUAAAUUGAAGUGCUCAAUUAGUUUAAAUUCAAAUAAUAAGGAUUUAUUAUUACCAAAUACUACAAAAUUAUUAGAAAGUAAUGAAUUUCAGAAAAAUCAAUCCAAAAAUUCAAUAAGUUCUAAUUAUUCAAGUAAUGAAGGUUUAACAUUAUUAAAUUCUACCACUGGAUUAUUGGAAAGUUGUAGUUCAUUAAGAAAACAGUCAAGGUUAUUGACAUCUAAAGAUUCAAAACGUUCUAUUUCAAAUAAUAACACUUUUAAUUCAACUAUGGAAUCAUUAGACAGUAAUGAAUCCCAGAAAACUCAAUCAAAAGAUUCAAUAAUUUCUACUUCGAGUAAUGAAAGUUUAUCAUUAACAAAUUCUACUAUUGGAUUCUCAGAAAGACGUAGUUCGUCUAGAAAUAAAUCAUCAUUGACAUCUAAACAUUCAACAAGUGUUAUUUCAAACAAUGACAGUUUGACAUUAAAUACUACUAUGGAAUCAUUAGAAAGUAAUGAAUCUCAGAAAACACAAUCAAAGCGUUCAAUUAGUAAUUCUUCAGAUAAUGAAAGUUUAAAAUCAACAAAUAGACGUAGUUCGUCUAGAAAUAAAUCAUCAUUGACAUCUAAACAUUCAACAAGUGUUCUUUCAAACAAUGAUAGUUUAACAUUAUUAAGUACCACUGUGGGAUCAUUAGAAAGUAAUGAAUCUCAGAAAACACAAUCAAAGCGUUCAACUAGUCCUUCUUCAGAUAAUGAAAGCUUAUCAUUAACAAAUUCUACUAUUGGAUUCUCAGAAAGACGUAGUUCGUCUAGAAAUAAAUCAUCAUUGACAUCUAAACAUUCAACAAGUGUUAUUUCAAACAAUGACAGUUUGACAUUAAAUACCACUAUGGAAUCAUUAAAAAAUGAUGAAUCUCAGAAAACACAAUCAAAGCGUUCAACUAGUCCUUCUUCAGAUAGUGAAAGCUUAUCAUUAACAAAUUCUACUAUUGGAUUCUCAGAAAGACGUAGUUCGUCUAGAAAUAAAUCAUCAUUGACAUCUAUACAUUCAACAAGUGUUAUUUCAAACAAUGACAGUUUGACAUUAAAUACCACUAUGGAAUCAUUAAAAAAUGAUGAAUCUCAGAAAACACAAUUAAAGCGUUCAAUUAGUCCUUCUUCAGAUAAUGAAAGUUUAAAAUCAACAAAUAGACGUAGUUCGUCUAGAAAUAAAUCAUCAUUGACAUCUAUACAUUCAACAAGUGUUAUUUCAAACAAUGACAGUUUGACAUUAAAUACCACUAUGGAAUCAUUAAAAAAUGAUGAAUCUCAGAAAACACAAUUAAAGCGUUCAAUUAGUCCUUCUUCAGAUAAUGAAAGUUUAAAAUCAACAAAUAGACGUAGUUCGUCUAGAAAUAAAUCAUCAUUGACAUCUAAACAUUCAACAAGUGUUAUUUCAAACAAUGACAGUUUGACAUUAAAUACUUCUAUGAAAUCAUUAGAAAGUAAUGAAUCUCAGAAAACACAAUCAAAGCGUUCAAUUAGUCCUUCAUACAAUGAAAGUUUAAAAUCAACAAAUUCUACUACUGGAUUCUCAGAAAGGCGUAGUUCGCCUAGAAAUAAAUCAUUACCAUUGACAUCUAAACCUUCAACAAGUGUUAUUUCAAAUAAUGACAGUACAACAUCAUUAAAUUCCACUACAGGAUUAUCAGUAAAUGGUAGAUCGGCUAAAAUUCAAUCUAAACAUUUAAAAAGUACUACUUUAAAUAUUGAAGAUUUAUCAACUUUGAAUACCCCUACUGGAUCAUUAAAACAAAAUGUGUCAAAACAAACAAGCAAUUUUCUGAGUAAUGUUGCUCCAAUUAUUAUUGAUGGAUUAACCAAUAUUGAUGAUUUAACAAUUAGGAAUACUACUGCUGAACCUUUUGAACAAAAUGUAAUAUCAAUACAUCAAUCAAAUUCUUCAUCAAAUAUUUCUAUAAAAACGUCCACUAAUAGAUUAAUAGUAGAAGAUGAUACAAAUUAUACUAAUAAAAUACAUAGUUUAUCAUCAAAACAAGAAAACCAUUUGCAUAAUAAUAUUGAUCAAGUAAAUCCAAAUAUUACAGAUGGCUCAGUGGUGGAAAAUAGAUCAUCUAAGAUAGUAUUAAGAUCUUCUUUAGGUAUUAAUAAAAAUAAGUCUUUAUUAACUAGAUCGUUAAAGUCAAAUAAUAAUGUAAAUAAGUUAUCUACGAGUUCAACUAGAACUUCAAAAAGUGUAGUUAAUUUUAAUGAUGAAAGUUUUAAUAAUAAUUCUGAUAAUUCAUUAUUUUGGACAACGUUACCUGAUGAAACCACAAGCAUAUCAAAUACCCAAAAUGAUGUAAGUGUGAAUACGUUUCAAACACCUAAAAGUAAUAAAUUAAUUAUUACAGAAAAUAUAGUCAACACAAUUAAAAUCAUGUCUACAAAUAAACAAAAAUCUACUCAUCCUGGUGCUUUUGAACUUGAUGAUCAUAAUGAUGGACCAUUAACAAGAUCAUUUGUAACACGUUCAUGUAACCGUAGUCCUUCAAUUCUAACUUUAGUUUUCGGUGGACAAAAAAUUUCUGAAUCAACGUCAUCACUCACACAUUCUCUCUCUGAAACUAUUGUUGAUCAAUCACAGAUUGAAGAAAAUAUAAAACAAAAGUUCAAAUCACUGUAUAAGAAAGAAUCAUGGAUUACAAAACGUCUUUACAAAUUCUUAAUUAUUAAACUGCAACCAAAUUAUAAUAUAUAUUCGGUGAAGUAUGCAGAAAAGUUUGUCAAAUACCUAGCAAUGCUUUUAAAACAAAUUUAUAAUGAUAAAGUAAAUUUACAAUUGUAUACAGACAUGUUGAGAUACCACAUGGCAAGAUAUGGAAUCAUCAGAAAUACAUUUGAUUACUUAGGGUUUUUGUCUGAUUACAUACCAAUGGCUUAUUAUAAAAAAUUAGUUCCUGGGUGGAACCUUGAAACUUCAGCAGUCAAAUUUGAUCCACAAAAAUAUUAUAUUCCCCUCAUGGAUGAUGAAGAAUUCUUAAAUUAUAUUAUGAAACACCUAAAAGAAGCUUAGUCAAACCCAGUUUACCUAUUAAUAAAAAAAAAAUACAUUAAAUUGGUGUUAUUUGUAUAUUAUA